AGAGAGAGAGAGAGAGAGAGACAGAGCGAGAGAGAGAGAGACAGAGACAGAGGAGAGGAGAGGAUGGAGCAGUGAUGUAGAGGAACUCUCUGUGUACAGAUACCCGAAUGUACCAACACGUUAUCUGUUUCUCUUAAAUCGUCGUCGGAGUUCGAGUGAAGGCUGAAACCUGAGCAGGAUGGGGAACGGAUCGAUGAAAUCAAAGCGUUACAAACACACAGACGGACACGGCUGCGGGUUCAAACACCCGUCCGUGGACUCCCUGAGGGCCCGGGUGGACGAGCUGGAGCGCGAGGGGAAGCGGAGGGAAGAGGAGCUGUGUGGCAAAGAGCAGCAGAUCAAAGGUCUGCAGGAGCAGCUGGCCAAUCAGACGCGAGCGCUGGCCGAGCUGAGCGAGGAGCUGCAGAAUAAAUGCAUCCAGCUCAACAAGCUGCAGGACGUCAUGAAGAGCCAGAGCGGAGCUGCGGGGGGGGCUCUCGUAUCCAGACCGCCUUCAGUGAAAACCUGCGGGAAGAACAGCCCCAACCUCAGCGUCCGCAUCAAGGAAACACUCAACAGAAGGAAAGGGGCCAAAGCCGGGGUGUCGGCCGAGCCCACGUCCAGGACGUACGACUCCAGCAGCCUCCCCAAGUUCUCCUUCGAGAAGGCUCGAAUACCCAAGGAUGCAAGUGUGAAGAAGCUGCUGGCAGACGCUCUCAAUAAGAACCAGUACCUGAGACGUCUGGAGCUGCAGCAGGUCAAAGACAUGGUGGAGUGCAUGUACGAGCGCACCUACCAGCAGGGGGAGUACGUCAUCCAGCAGGGGGAGCCGGGGAACCACCUGUUCGUCCUCGCAGACGGGAAGCUGGACGUGUUUCAACACAACAAACUGCUCACGUCGAUAACAGUGUGGACGACGUUUGGAGAGUUAGCCAUCCUGUACAACUGCACGAGGACCGCCUCUGUUAGAGCGGUGAACAAAGUGAGGACGUGGGCUCUGGACCGGGAGGUGUUUCAGAACAUCAUGAGGAGGACGGCCGAGACGCGACAUGAGCAGUACCGCAACUUCCUGCGAAGUGUUUCUCUGCUGGCUAAUCUACCAGAGGACAAGCUCAGCAAAAUCGUGGACUGCCUGGAGGUGGAAUACUAUGACAAAGGAGAGUACGUCAUCCGGGAGGGAGAGGAGGGCAGCACCUUCUACAUCAUCGCACAGGGGAAGGUGAAGGUCACUCAGACCACCGAGGACCACAAGCUGCCUCAGAUCAUCAACACGCUGCACAAAGGAGACUACUUUGGAGAGAAAGCUCUGAUCAGAUGUCGAAGCAGACAUUUGACUGUUUGCACGGCUGAUGCUUUGUUGUCGUUUUUUUUCAGGACUUUUGAUCAAACAGUGGGAACGUUCAACGAGCUGCAGAAAUACCUGCAGGGCUACGUGGCCACGCUCGACCGAGACGACAAGAAGAGACACGCCAGUCGGUGUCCCCGUCACCAGAGUCAGCCGCUGCCUCCUGACGUCAUCCAGCUGAAGGAGCUGGUCUCCGUGGUUUCCUCCUCACGACCAUUCGACCACCUGGAGGCGAUCGCCACGCUCGGGGUCGGAGGCUUCGGACGAGUGGAACUGGUGAAGGUGCGGGGUAAGGACAUCACGUUCGCUCUGAAGGUCAUAAAGAAGAAACGUGUGGACAACAGACAGGAAGAACUCAUCCACUCUGAGAGGAGGAUCCUCGCUGAGGCUCGCUCGCCUUUCGUAGUCAAACUGUACCGCACGUUUAAGGAUAAUAAAUAUGUGUACAUGCUGCUGGAGGCCUGUCUGGGUGGAGAGGUGUGGAGUCUGCUCAGAGACAGGGGAAGUUUUGACGAACAGACGGCUAAAUUCUGCGUGGGUUGUGUCACGGAGGCCUUCGAUUACCUCCAUCGAAAAGGUGUCCUCUACCGAGACCUGAAGCCCGAGAAUCUGAUGCUGGACACCGAAGGAUACAUCAAACUGGUGGACUUCGGUUUCGCCAAGAAGAUCCGCUGUGGGCAGAAGACGUGGACGUUCUGCGGGACGCCGGAGUACGUGGCUCCUGAGAUCAUCCUCAACAAAGGACACAACUUCAGCGUAGACUUCUGGUCUCUGGGCAUCCUGGUGUUUGAGCUGCUCACAGGCAGUCCUCCGUUCUCAGGCAGCGACCAGAUGAUGACAUACACGUUCAUCCUGAAAGGCAUCGAGAAGAUGGACUUCCCCAAAAAGGUCACCAAGAGACCCGAGGACCUCAUACGCAAACUGUGCAGGAGAAACCCCGCGGAGCGUCUUGGCAACCUGAAGAACGGAAUAACAGAUAUCAAGAAGCACAGGUGGUUUAAUGGUUUUAACUGGGAGGGUCUGAAGGCGAGGACUCUUCUAUCUCCACUCAAGAGAGAACUCAGCGGACCCACAGAUCACAGUUACUUCGACAGCUACCCCCCAGAUGAAGACUCCCCCCCGGACGAGCUGUCUGGUUGGGACAUGGACUUCUGAGACCUCCUGCUCUGUUCCUCCUUCGUUUUACUUCCAUUGCACAACAAAAUAAAAUAAAAACUCAAAGUGCAAAGCGGGUUUUUGGACUUUGCAUCACCGGGCUGGAUUUCCUCCAGCUCUGGGCGGAAGCAGCUGCAAAAAGACAAAAAUUUUGAGGAGCUGCUUGAAGAUUCUCCUUUAAGUCGGACUGUGGAGGUGAAAAGGUCAUUUUGGUAAAGUUGUCAGAUUGGGAACAAAAGAACAACGUGCUUAUAGUGGUAGAGUUGUGUUGAUAUGUUACGUUAUGGCCUAACAGCACGUAACCAAGCGGCAGCGACAAAAUCUUUGAUUCUUGAUUCAGCUUUGAUGUUUGACUCAGUUGUUGCACAGGCCUCCACAAAUAAACCAAAGUACGACUAACAGUGAACAAGCUAACAGUCCAAGUUUGGUUCUCACAGACUCAGCUAGCUGCUAACUGUUGCUAACUUUCAAAUAAAAUGUGUUGUAAAAAGUGGAGCUCAGACUUGUUGGACGGUCUGUUAGUCCAAUAAAGCUCACAGAGCGAGACAGAUAGUCUGAUAUUUACAUGAACAAAUCUCCAAAAGGCUCCAACAGCACGGCCCAGAGGUUAAAGGUCAGUGACUGAAUUAGCUGACAGCUAGCAGCUCCCACCUGUCACUGAAAGAGGCCACGCCCCUAAUUCUGCAUCCCUUUGAGCCUUAAAAUAAUGUAAACAGUUGCAUUGUAUAAACAUUCAGUCUGUACAGUUGAAGAGAGAAAUGAGCUCUAGAGACUCAAACUGUUUUUGUACCAGGAUGUAAACAUGUUUAUUUUAACAUAGAGCUCUAUGGGGACUGACUCACUGCAGGAGACAGACUCUAGUGGACACUGGAGGAACUGCAGCUGUAAAGUUAGACACUUUAACAUAGAGCUCUAUGGAGACUGACUCACUGCAGGAGACAGACUCUAGUGGACUCUUGAGGGGCUGCUGUUUUUGGGACUUCUGUGUUGGCUUCAUUUUUCAGCCUCCAUAAAGCUUUUUCAAUCCUGCUCAGAAUUUGUCUGCGGACAAAACCGUUUAGAAUAGUUACAAACCUUAAUCUGAUUUUCCUAAUGAGAUUAAGACGUUUUUACAUUCCUAAAUAAAUCCACGCCACGAUAAUAAUCUUUUACAGAUACCUCUGAAUAUUUGUUCUCUGUGGCCCAGAUGUGGUAUAGUGUCUUAUGCAGCUGCAGCAGUCUUUAUUUCUCAUAGCUGACAGAGUUUGUCAGUACAUCUGCAAACUGGAGGGAGGAAUAGAGGUGUGUGUGUGUGUGUGUGUGUGUGUGUGUGUGUGUGUGUGUGUGUGUGUGUGUGAGGAAAUGUGUGUGGAGAUGACUCUGCAAAAAGCCAAAAGAGUCUGUCGGAGAGGAAAUUCUAGUGAACUGCUUCGACAGCAUCCAACCACAAAGCACUGCUAACCCAAACACCAAACAUUUGUGCCAACAGUGUGAUCCCUGCAGUCGCUCCAACAGCAACAAAAAACAUGAACAGCUCUCAGGCGGAGAAACGGUGUGUGGCUGUCCCGCAGGAGGUCGUCUGACCUGCAGGAUGAUUUACGUUCUUAAAGCCGUUUUUAAGGAGAAGUUGUAUUUGGUCUGAGGGUGAUGAUCAAACUCAGAGAAAGAGAGUGAGAGAGAGAGAGUGAGCAGGAAACCUCCUUAAACACACGAGUGAACGGUUACAGAGAAGCGCCUGUGUGUCUGUAAAUACUGUAAAGCACAAGUAAAACAAACUGACCGUUUAUGCAAUGAGUUCACUUUUUCAUUACAUACUCCUUAAAACUGGGCGAGUGUACUCUGUAAAUAUAUAUAUAUGUAAACAUUGACAGGUGAUUGUGUGUGUGUGUGUGUGUGUGUGUGUGUGUGUGUGUGUGUGUGUGUGUGUGAGGAGAAGCUGUGGCCUUAAGAUUAAGAUUUCAGGAAACAGCUCGGUGUCCAAAUGAAAGAACGGCUGUGUCUGAAACCGCAGACU